UCCCCUCUUUUUCUUUCAAACUUGGACGGAUAAAAGAUGUGCUAUGGCAGGAUAACACCAAAGAGCAGCUCAGCCUCACCAUUUGCCUCCUUAAGACAUGGAUUAUUUCUUCCAUUCAUGAUUAUUAGCACUUUCCUUGGAAAUGGACUUGCUUCAGUGUGUCCUCGACCACCAGAACCAGAAAAUGGCGGCUUCAUCUGCCACCCAACCCCCUGUAAAGAUCCCUUGGCAUCAGGCAGUGUCAUUGAGUAUCUGUGUGAUGAAGGCUACAUGCUGAAGGGGGAUUACAAAUACCUGACAUGUAAAGAUGGGGAAUGGAACCCAGCCAUGGAGGUCAGCUGCCACCACAGUCAAGACAAAGACCUUCACACAACGAUUGGUGUGCCUACCCUAUCAAUAGUGGCCUCCACAGCAAGCUCAGUAGCACUCAUCCUUCUCUUAGUUGUGCUCUUCGUUUUGUUGCAGCCAAAAUUGAAGUCCUUCCAUCAUAGCAGACGUGACCAAGGGGUGUCUGGUGACCAGGUCUCCAUCAUGGUGGAUGGUGUUCAGGUGGCCUUACCAUCAUAUGAAGAAGCGGUAUAUGGCAGUUCUGGGAAUUCUGUGCUGCCUUCUAACUCCCGAGUACAAAUUGUACUGUCUGAAGGAGCUGGCCCAAGCAGUUCGAGGGAAGUGCAGCAACAUGACCAGGGAGGACGUGUCUGCUCUUCCUCAGGGGGAGAGGAGGAUGCCCCGGGACACUCUGGCCUGGGUGAUGCCCGAAGUACCCAGCAUUCAGAGACUGUGAUGGUGCACCAGGCCACCACCUCCUCCUGGGUGGCUGGCAUGGGAAAUGGCCAUCCAACACACAAAGACGCUCCAGACUCAGAAAAUAGUGACAUACAAAGCCUUUUAUCUCUCACUUCUGAGGAAUAUACAGAUGAUAUCCCAUUGUUGAAAGAAGCAUGAAGUUUGCUGCUGCCUUCAUGUGGCCUCCUUCCCCUUUACGUUGUUCUUUCCUGCCCUUUCCUCAUUUGCUGUUGGAUUUUGAGCACUCUGUGCAGCCUCCCCCCUCAUCCUAUGUCCCUUUGCCCUGAUGAUUGGAGCAGCACCCCAUGGUCCCUCCUGGCCAAACAUCCAAAGGACACCAAACAGGGCUGGUCCCAUGCUUGGUCUCUCCUGCCUCUCUCUGUUUGGAAUUUAUUUGAGUAAGCUGAGAUUGGACUCUUCCUUCCUCCCCAAGACCUCUUCAGCCCUCCCUCAGCCAGCUGUUUGGCAGCAGCCUCCAGAGGCCUCCAGAGGUCAUAGCAUGGCUGUAUUUACUUGUGCCUUCCCCAAGCCCCCAGGCCUGUUGGCUCGACACUGGCCUGAGUGGUUGCGCCAUUGCUGCUGCUAUUGCUGCACAGGAUGCAAAAGGUCUGUGGGGCCAGUGCCUCUUGGAAUCUGGUGCCCCCUUCAUUACUGUUGGCAGCAGUAAGUCCAAGGUUGAGAGCUUUCUGGUGAGGAAAGGGCAGGAGUGAUUACUGUGGGGGGAUUGGAGGUGGAGGAAGAUGGGUAUUAACCUCCCAUGGUUGCCUUAUAGUGAGCAGCUGUGUACUUAAGAUGACGUGUGUGACUUCUUUAACUAUUCAAUAGAGGGAUUAUGGAGAAUCAUGUAAGCUUUCAGCGGUUCUGUGUUGAUCAUCCCAGGGGUCAGGAAUAUUGGCCCCCCUUUAAUUGAUAUUUUUAGGGGACAUGUAUGAGGGAUCUCAAUGGGGAAGAAGAAUGUAGAGGCAGCUGUGUUGUUUUUCUAAUAUGCAAGAUCCUACUUAACUGGUCCUGGCUUUUCUCAGCUAUGACCUUUAUCUCUCCCCCAUUCCCUCGAGUCUAAAGGAAAGCAACAUGUGGCCUCAUAGGUUUUUUCUUUUUCCCAGGCCAUUGUGGCAGAGGUGGCUCAUAUGUAGAAAGAGGAAGAGAAGUCAGAAACCAUCUAGUACCCAUCAUCAUUUCCUCCCCUGCAUACGCUGGUUUUCCCAGGCCUGCAACUAGCAUUUUGUGCAAGUUGCAUCUUUCUGGGUGUGUGGUAAUAUAAUGGAUCUGGAGGAGCUGAUGUGCUCCCUCCUCCCCCCAGACACAGUGCCUUGGGUGUGGCUGCAGGCAGCCUGAGCCCUGGGUCCUGAGCAUUCCUGUCAACACAGUCAUGUGCCUUAGUAACUGUGCCCAAGAAGCACCCUGCUACUUAGUGCUGCUGCUUUUCCCACUUCACCCUUUCCUCUCCCUCCCCUCUCUCCUUUGUCACAGCUGACAAAUUACUUUCUUGUCUUCCUUGGAGCUCAGGGAGAAGGGCUAAGAAAGAGCCCGAGUUACUCCCCUCACUCCAGAAACUGGACUGCCUCACUGAGGGAUGAACAGUUGCUAAGCAACUCUGCUACUGAGGCAGUUGGGUUGAGGGAUGGAGAGGGAAAGGCAUUCUAGAAGAGCCAUGCAUGUUAGGGGAGCAGGUACCAUUCUCCAUAGGUUGCAUGGCAGAGCCUCCCAUAGACAGCUUCCAUGAUGAUGUGCAACUCAGUGAUACUCUUCAUUUGACCAUUGUGAGAGCCGAGAAGAACACUGGAGAAGAGAAACAAAGGCUUGGGCAUGUUUUAGAAGCAUUGGGACAGAAGACUUAGAAGAUAACCCGAUUUGAUUCUUCUCCUCCAGCGUCCUUGGCAAAGGAGUAGUAAUAACUUCCAACUACACUAUAACCUGCUUGGAAAAGCUUUUGGUGACUACCUCCAACUGUCUUAGACAAUAGGAGUGACCACAAAGAACAACUAAAAGGAGAAGCUUCUCUCAGCCAGCAGUGUGGCUUUUUCCAUCCUUACACACUGCACUUUGUUGCACUGUUAUCCAUUUGUCCCAGCAACAAAAAGCAGUAUCUCUUCCUCCUAGAGUAAUAAUAAUAGCUGACAUUUAUAUGGCGCUUUAAGGUUUGCAAAGUGCUUUGUAAGGGAAGUGCCUGUUAAGCUCCAUUAUUUACUUCUCCUCUCUGCCCUCCACCACCAUACCCACAUAACUCUCACCCAAAGCCUGGGUACUAUGUGAGUUGCCAGGAAUUUAGGGAGAAGCCCCAUAAGGAGUCUCCCAAAGCAAGCACUCUGCUUCUAACUGAACUUAAAGCCAGGAGAAGGCAUUCUGCAAUGAAGCCAAAUGGAUAUUGAGUGAACCCCUGGUUCCACAGCCACUGUUAGUAUCUAGAACCACAGACAGCUUCUGGUCCCAGGUUGGGGGGAAGGGGAAGCAUCCCUAAUGCUUGCUGCUGCCUGGCCACAAGGGAGGGAGCCUAAGCCCUUCCUUUCAGUCUUCCUAUAAAGGUGAAAAAUAUAAACAGCUAAGGGAGAAACAAUCCUGCCUCCCUGCUGAGAGUUCAAUUUGUGUUUUCCAUUGUUUGAAUAUUUGCACGUACCUAUGUCCCAGGAUUCCAAAAAGAGAAGCUCUUACCAUGUUUGUUUGUCUAAGUUCCUCAGAGAACACACUCCAGAACCCUAUGCUUAUAUAUGGACUGUUUACCAGCCCUUUUUAAAAUGAACAAAAGAGAAGCUUCUUAAUUUCUGAAGCUCCCUUCCACUGGUCUUGCUCAGACACAGCAGCUUGCCCAGUAGACUGACUAUAUGCCCAGACAAGCUGCCAAAUUAGGAGGGAAAAGGAAAAAGUGAGGAGAAUAAGUUCAUGGGUCCUUUUCCCCCCACCUGCUUUUAGGAAUCUGAAAUAAAGGCAGGGCUGUUAAAAAAAAAAAAAAAAAAAAAAACCUCUAUUGAAUUAAGUUAGACCUCUGAUUAAACGGCCCAUCAUCCUGUCCAUGCUAGAGUUGAAGCUACACAUUAACUGCUAAUAAUCAGAACAGCUUCAAAUAGAAUAAUUCUCUCCCUCCUUCCUCCAGAACAACCUUUUAAUGAAUCCUUGUUAGGAAAAUACCCUGCAUCUAUCCACUCGGUACUGUUUUCAGGGCUCAUGGACUUUAAGCUUAACAACUGCAAAGGGAUUCAGGGAAUUUCACAGCUGCUUUGAGGUGGGUCCUGGCUCACAAGACAAAGGCAUGCUCUAUUUGAUAGAGCAAGCAGGCUGAUGGUGGUCCCUAGGGGAAAAAAGUAGCUUCUUUGGAUGGGAGUGAAACAUACUACAUGGCAAAACAAAUCAUUGUAGGUGAACUAAGCAAAAAACAUUUGUCAUUUUGUUGGGUCUUAGGAGGAUAAUGGUCAGCGCCAAAGGACUAAUUUUUUUUUCCUUUUUUUUUUUUUUUUGCCCAAAAAAGAUUGUCUGCCUCAGUGCAAGUUUUAUAUCCUGUCAACUUGCACCAUCAUAAUUACUUCAAAGAGAAAUAAGGUGAAAACUCCUUUUAAAGUAAUACCUGUUCCUUGCAAUGCCUUAGUUUUAACAUUUUGCCAUCUCUGUUUACUUCCCUUACCUCCCAUUGCACCUGGUGUAAACUUGACCACUUAGGUGCUAUGCUGUCCGUUCCCCCUAGUUCUUCUGAUUUGGAGUUUCAGCACUGCCUAGGAAAGUUUCCACCUAAUUCCUUUUCCUAUCAAGUAGGUUUUAUUAGAUACAGUAUCUCACUGUAUAUUCUGUAGGCCUUCUUUUAAAAAGCAAAAUUAAACUAAUAUCCUGAUCUGCCCCCAUCCUUCCAAUCCAUCCAUCUCUCUCCUUACACAUUCUAAUCAGCUCUAAUAAGCUACCUAGCAAGACAAAGGUAUAGUUUUCCUGCUUUCAUUUCCAAAAACAUAAGAAUAACAAUCCAGUCAUCCUUUCCUGCAUCCUACCCUAAUUUUCAAGUUCUUUGCUUGCAUACCUCUGCUUACUCCAUUCUUAGGAAAGCAUGUGAGCACAGAGAAUAGAAUAUGCUGUUAAAAUGUCUGUCUUGGCUUUAAAAAAAAAAAAAAAAGACCUACAGGCUCCACUUAGAUUCCAGAUGUGGGUCAGGGGUGGCAGAACUGUCUUUCCCACAGGGAUCACUUGGCUUCCUUUUCAUCAGAUUCACUCUGUUGCCAGGAGAGAAAUCCAAAUCACUUUUUUGCUCUGGACAGACAAGUUGAGCACUAUACCCGAUAGCUUCCACGAAAUGGGGAAAAGAAUGGAUUGGACUUUACUGGGAAGUGAUUCCUGUACUUGAAGUUUUCAAAUGAAAGCCCCAAGGCUCUGAGCAUUCUGCCAAGCAGAGGAGGGAAGAGUCCAGGAGGAGCAGUGUGGGAGCUGAGUUAUCAGAGUGCCACUGAGGGAAGAAAUUAGUAGUUAAGCCAGGAAGAGUUUGGUGGCCUUCCACACAUUUCUUCAGUUUUUAUCCAAAUUGCACCACUAUGGAAUACUUUGCAGAAUGGUACUCAUAUAUAAUGUGGGACUUAAAACAACAGAUAUAAUGAUGCUGUGCAGGAUAUCAAUCAUUUUUUUAUUUUGCUUUAUUUUAUAAACAUAUAUAUAUCUUGUACAUUGAAGUGGGUGUGAAGAUAGUAUUUUAAUAUUUGUACAAAGUUUAAUUUAAUUUUAAUUGUUCUAUGUA